CAGGGCCCGCGCCUGUCCUUGUUUGGCCACGCGGCCGCCGCGCAGUUGGCGCGUCCUCCCGGGCCGCCCCGCGGGCGUCAGAAGGAGGGCGGGCGCUCAGCGCGGUGACGGCGACGCCUGCGGCCCCGAGCGCUCCACUCGCUGCCGCCGGAGAGGCCGGUGACCUCUCUGCCGCCCCGCCUCGGAGGCUUAGAUGGCUCAGGCGAAGAUUAACGCCAAAGCCAACGAGGGGCGCUUCUGCCGCUCCUCCUCCAUGGCCGACCGCUCCAGCCGCCUGCUGGAGAGCCUGGACCAGCUGGAGCUCAGGGUUGAAGCUUUGAGAGAAGCAGCAACUGCUGUUGAGCAAGAGAAGGAAAUCCUCCUGGAGAUGAUCCACAGCAUCCAGAACAGCCAGGACAUGAGGCAGAUCAGCGACGGAGAAAGAGAAGAAUUAAAUCUGACUGCAAACCGUUUAAUGGGACGAACUCUGACUGUUGAAGUUUCAGUAGAAACAAUUAGAAACCCCCAGCAGCAAGAAUCCCUAAAGCAUGCCACGAGGAUUAUCGAUGAGGUGGUCAGUAAGUUUCUGGAUGAUGUGGGAAAUGCCAAGAGUCAUUUAAAGUCGCUCUACAGUGCAUGUUCAUCUGAGGUGCCGUCCGGGCCAGUGGAUCAGAAGUUUCAGUCCAUAGUAAUUGGAUGUGCUCUUGAAGACCAGAAGAAAAUUAAAAGAAGAUUAGAGACUCUACUUAGAAAUAUUGAAAACUCUGAUACAGCCAUCAAACUAUUAGAGCACUCUAAAGGAGCUGGUUCCAAAACUCUGCAACAAAAUGCCGAAAGCAGAUUUAAUUAGUGUUCAACCCUGCACUUAACAAAUAAUGAUGUAGAAAUGAUAAGUGAUAACUAGUUCUUUACGUUGGGCAUAACCACUUGUUUGAUACUGACAGUUGUUAUUUAGAUGAGAAAAAUAUUCCAUCCAGCGUCAUCAGUUUUGUGAAUGACAAAACUAUAAUUUUUUUUUUUUU